CGUCGCACAGCAAGCACGCUCAAUAAACGGCGCUAGUGUCUGUCAAGUGUCACAGCCGUUCCCGUCGGCCGACAGUGUUGUGAGACUCGAAUCGGUGAUUUAAUUAGGAAUAACGUACUUCUUUUUUUUAGUAAAAUUGUGAAACUUUAAGCAAUAAUGACCGACAAGAAAGCCGUUCCAGACGUUCCGGAUACGCUUACGUUCCUCCUGCACGAUGGAACGCGAUCUGAGACGCACCCCCUGGAAUAGCUUCGGCAAAACGACAAACUUACUCUCUCGCACACCGUAUCCGGUGGCGCCGCAUCCACCGACCGGCUUUGUCCCCGCGCCGACGCAACCCCCGACCUACGGUGUUGCAGGCGCCUCCCCUUACGGAGUAUUUCCCAAUCAGCCUCAAUUGUACGCGACGCAAGGCCCGCCGCCGCCGACGUACGAUCAGACUCUUGCGCAUCCCAUGAUGUAUCAACCAAUGUAUGGGCAGGGAUACCCUCUGCAAUAUUAUCCACCGGGAUAUCCCUUGCAAUAUUAUCCGCCGUUAGCUGCGACAACGGCAUACUAUCCCGCUAUGCAACCAGCCCCUGUGAGACCUACCAUUAUGGUACCUAAUGGUUUCGACGGUACCCGGUUCGACGGCAUCUCGCAGCCGGUGUUGCCACCGCCGCCACCCGGGGUGGCCGCGAACGCUGCGCAGCUGGCCGCGAUGGCCGGCCACAGUGUGGCCCUCUCGCAAAAGAAGGGCUCGUUCCUGGGAGGAGGAACGGAGGGAGGUUAUACCUUUUGGUAAACCACCUAAACCACCUUUCGUAACACGUACACACGCAGAAAACACACACCCUCCACACGUACACACACGUCUACAUAAACUAUCGGAAGCGCCGUGCUGUUGAUACGACGAGACGUUGUAGGUAAAUUUCCGUUAGAGCUCUGCUUUUCUCACCUCUGCCAGCUUGUGGCAGCUUCAUCGAUACCUAUUAGUAUACCGUUUGCGCGGACUGAUGACACGCAACAUAUGGUACAUACGCAUCACACUUACACACACAUUACAUAUGUGACAUAUACACAUAUGUACAUACAUACAAGACAUACAUUUUAACAUGAUACUAAGGCAGCAACCGUGAGAGUUCCCACGCGAUUCACAUACGGCGAUAUUUGCGAUCGAUAGAAGUGAUCCAAUGAUCUCAAGGACACCGCCGCCGUCUUGGUGAUCGAUCUGCGCAUCUCAUGUACUGUUGAACUGCAGAAAAUCGUCCCGGCCGAAAAAGACUCGGACACGACGACGCUCGUCGAACAUCCUCGAAAGCUAAUUCCUCGAAAGCUCAUCGUUCCGUUGGGGAAGUCGGGAGACAGUGAGAGCGCUACGCGGGUUUUCAAGUAAUUCCCAGUCAAGAUCCGCGAAAGCUCCGCGAAAGCCCGAGAUCCGAGAUACCCAGAAUCCAUGAUUAGGACUCUACGAGAAUAUUGUUCUAGUAUCGUGGAUCCGGAAAUUCCGCGGUCAACAUUUCUUAGAAUUCAAAAGGCUCAGACUUAUCACAGUUUGCUGAUUAACGAGGAAAAAGUAGAUUCCAAGUUCCAUAAAUCUGAGUUUUUAAAAAUCGAGGCACCCUGAAGCUUCAAAGGGUUGAGAAUCUCGAAAGAUUCCGACCAACUACUCUAUUAAAAAAAAAAAAAUUAGCGUUUUCAAGAAUCCACCAACUCGGUGACUCUAAAUUGCCCAUAAUGUCUCUAGAAUGCUAAGGAUCCACAAGCUCUAGUUGGAGAGAACGAAAUAGCGACUUACCUAUGAUCUCGACUUUCCCAGGAUUCAAGGUAUCCAGGAUCUAGCUUUAGUGGCUUAUAUUAGUUAAGGUUACAGAGAUUCGAAAAUUUUAGUUAAAUUUUUUUUCUUAAAUUUAAUCACCGAUCAAGCAUUUCCGACGAAAUACAAUAUUAAGGAUCAUACAUAUGUAAGUUCGCCGAGGACUCGUGUUUUCGGCAACCUCGCGAAUUCAGGGAUCCGCAGUAUCGGCGAAAACCCGAAGGCUCGAAGCAAGUCAAUGUGCGUUUCCCACGGAGAAUAGUUAUCGCGAGAAUUAUUUUACGAAAGACAAACUAGUUAGAUCAACGAAAGGCGGACUGAUGCCACUGACAAGAAACGACAUUGUCGUUGCGCUCAUCGAAGCAGAAAGAAGGAAAGGAUCAAGAAUAAAGCGAGUAGGAGCCCAAUGUCGACGAUUGUAGAAAUUCACGAGACAUAUUGCGUUGAUAUUUAUAUUUAAAUUAUUGUUAUUUAAACGAUUUAUUUGCAGAUCCUCCUUAGAGACAGAAUCAUCGGUGCGACGUGUUUCAACGAUUUAUUUUAUAUCUCGAGAGUGUGAGAACAAGCAAAGGGAAUGAAAGAGAGAGAGAGAAAGUAGAAUGAGUUUUAUAUCACGGAAAAGCGUGCAAUAAGCGUAAAUCUAUUGUAACAAUAAAAAAAAACGAUAUUAAUUGAAACUGUGAACUUGUUAUCACGUUGAAUGAGUGAGAAAAACAGAGAGUGUGUAAUACGUAUGUGCGUGUGAGCGAGUGAGAAAAAGAAUGAAUAAGUGAGAGAAAAAGUGAACGAGGGUAAACAAUGAGUUGAGACAAAAAUGUACCACUGCGCGAUGAUCAAUUGUACCAGUUAAUAAAUGCUAUGAUCAUGCAAUUCGUUAA